GUAGGAUAGGUGUAAGAAAAUUUUUUUUUUCCUUUUUUUUUUUAAAUAUAACCGCUACUGAAAUGGCGGUUUUGUUUAGGAAUCUGAAGUAAACCGCUAGAUGAAAUGGCGGUUUUAUGAAUAUUAAUUUUUUUUAAAAUAAAAAAAUAAAUAACUAAUAGUAAGCAAACCGCCACUUGAAGUUGCGGUUUUGUAGCAGUACAAAAUAACAGGUAUUUCGUGUAUUGUUCACUUCAUUCCAUUUUUCCUAUUCGCUUCUUGUUGCCGUGCUCUCUUAAAAAAAAAAUUUCUUUACUCUCAUUUACUUCAUAUUUACAAUUCCUCUCAUUCAACUAAACUAAUCAACUACAUUCCCAUCUUCUCCUUGUCUUCUUGUUCAUUUUCAUCCUCAUUUAAGGUAUGAAUAUAACCCUAAUUUUUUUUCAAUUUGCAAAUUGUUUUUUUGUUCAUUAUUGUUGUCAUUUGAAGUUAUAAAUAUAUUGAUUGUUUGUUACAUUCUCUUGAUUUUAUGAUUUAAGUUUACAUUUUAGAAGUUUUUGGUUGAAUUUUAUGAUUUGGUUUGUAUGCAUAUAAAGUGUUUGAUGAAAUGCUUCAAUGAAAGUUUAUUACUUUGUAGGGUUAGUUUAAUGAUUUUAGUAUAUAUUCAUGGUAUUUUUAGCUUUAUAUUUGAAAUGAACCUUUCUAAUAAGUGUUCUAAUACCUUAAUAUCACAAAUUCUUGUAUUCAAAUUAACACUUCCCUUGAUCACAAUCAACAAUUAAGUGUAUGUGAAAUCACGUGAAAAACAGUUUGUGUUUGCAGAAUAUGGAUCAUUAUCCCGUUAUAGUGUAUUGGGGUGGGGAAGUAAGUUAUACUGAAUCCCAUGUUGGGUAUAAUAGAGGAUUAAAUACAGUCAUGUUUAUCCAUCGUCAGAAUAUUAAUUUUGAGGUGUUUCAUAGCAAAAUCUGUGAUGUAAUUGGUUGUGAUCGCAACUGUUUUAUGUUAAAAAUGAAGAUGAAAUAUCCAGUGACUGGGAAAAAUGUGUUAGUCUCGAUUAAGAAUGAUAAAAGCAUAAGUGCUCUUGCUUAUGCGGCAUCACAAGCCCCUGGAACGGCAAUAGGGAUUUAUGUUGAAUUGGUUGCAAAUUUGGAUAAUACGAGAGAAGUCAUAACCAGCAUGGAACUUCCGGAAUCAGGUCCUAAUGUACGCCAUGAUACAUUCACAGAAAUGUUAAGUAACCCAAAUUACGUUAAUGAGCACUUAGAUGAGUUUACCUCUCCAACUCAUUCACGUGGCAUUGGUGGUGGUGUAAUGAACACCUUUUCCACGAGUCACUUGGGUAGGCGUAAUGCGAACGAGGUUGACUCUUUAGAUCAGGAGGAUGAGCAUAUUGAUUAUGAUUCAAAGGAGGAGGAUGAAAGAAGAGAAGCUCUAGAUGCAGCGAUUAGAGAUGGUGCUCCAUCUCAAGACUAGCUUAGAAUUGAUGAGGUUGAUCAAAGAUUGAUUGAUGCAUGGAUGACCUGGAACGAUGACAACUCCAUGAAUGAAAAUGGAUACUUUAGGAUAGGGCAAGAGUUUAGCUCCUUAGACCACCUUAAGAAGAAUGUUAAAGCAUGAGCGAUUUCUAACAAUAGAAACUUUCGUGUAAUUGAGUCAGAGCCUUCAAAGUAAGUUAUCCAAUUCAUAAUUUCACUAUUUUAUGAUACAUGAAAAUGUUAAACAAUGUUCAUUUAUUUGCAGCUGGCUUCGCGUAUAUCUUUUGAGGUCCCACUCCCCACAUACUCUCGUCUACUAUAGAGACGCACUUGAUCGACAAUGGGACGAGCAGGUUAUUAACAUUUACUAUUUGUAUUAGUUAUGAAUAAAUUGUAUAUAUUUCUAUUACAGAUGACAUGGCAGCCUUACACAGCGGCUAAGAUGAACGCUCUGCCACACAUAUGUACAUCGGUCCACGAGAUUUGGAGAUCGCGUUGUCCACUUAUUUGCUUUGACAUCGUCGAGCUACAUCUCCCGGAUCGUGUCAUGCGUCAAUUCGGUUUGGAGCAGGUUAUUCCGCAUGCCUGUGACACCCAACCUCAACUACAUGCGAUCGAUCGGAGGACUGGGGACAAGAACUACGUCGUACGACAUAGAUCGCAUGUAGAUGCGUGGAAUGACCGAGCAUCUGAAUUGGUUCGAGGAGAGAACUUCACAGGUCAUAGCUCUGGUACGUACAUGAGUUGGUACAGGCGUAUCUCCAUAUUACGCCUAACGAACACCACAUUUGCGCAGCCAGGAUCACAUUACCAUCCGACAUCUACGUUACUGGCUGAGCGCAUCUGAUCGGUGCUCAUACAAUGCAAUGACAUGAUUCAAGGGGCCGCUACAUCGCCAGUUGAUGUGGGGUAUCGGCUAUGUUCUCAGACCCUAGGCUCCAUUAACGCGUCAUUGACCGAUGCAUUGAGUCAGGCGGGGUAUGAGUACCUCAUACCGACUCCACCCAUCAUUGGCGAGGAAGAUGACACAUUCCACACUCCUUCUCCACGGAGUUCAGCCCACCGAGGUAGCUCUUCCGGAGGAUCAAGUACUCGGUCCACAAGAGGUCGCCAACGUUCAUCUACUCGAGGUCGGUCUUCCAGAUCGCCAUCGACAUCCGGUACUAUGUCGUCAUUCGUUCCUCCUACUUCCAUCACCACUCCUCCUCCACAUCCAUCGCCUCCGCAAAGGAUCAUCACAUAUCAGCGUGCUAGUCAACGACGAGCUCCUGCUUUUAAUGUCAUUGCGGAGGUCGACGAGUACACACCAUCAUCAUCCACCGGUGCGCAAAACAAAAGGGGUCGGGGAUUAUAGUUUAACAAACUUUGUAUCUACUUAUAUGAUUUGAACUUCUUGUAUGACUUUCCAUGAUUGUAAUAUA